GGCAGAUGAGAAGAGGCGAGACAACCAAGGCAGACGGAGCAGGAGAGGAAGAGGAAGAAGAAAAAAGGGCAGGAGAGCAGAGAGAAAACGACUGAAAUAUAAGAGAGGAAGAGAGAAGUAGAGAGGAGAAGCAAAGCAUCAUGGACGUUCUGAAGAAGGGAUUCUCCAUGGCGAAGGAUGGAGUGGUGGCCGCCGCCGAGAAGACGAAGGCCGGCGUGGAGGAGGCCGCCGCCAAGACCAAGGAGGGGGUCAUCUAUGUCGGAAACAAGACGAUGGAGGGAGUGGUGACGGGUGUUAACACAGUUGCCCAGAGGUCGACCGAACAGGCCAACACCGUUGCUGACACUGCGGUUGCCGGGGCUAACGAGGUCGCCCAGGCAACGGUGGAGGGGGUGGAGAGCGCGGCAGUGGCGAGCGGAUUCGUCAGCACGGUGAGUGACGUCAUGUCACGUUGUGGAAAUGAGGAGGCGGGACCAGUGGCUGAGGAGACUGAGCUCCCAAAAACAGAAGCAGGAGGAGAAAAGACUGAACAGACGGCACAGUAGACUCUCGCGGUUGAGGACGAACGAGAGAAGCCGUCGCUCCACCCUUUGACCUUUGACCCUCCCCGACCCUAUUAGAUGCUUUAUCUACCUGUGUAACUUAACCUCAUUAACCAACGGUUGCCGUGGUUACACUCCCUCUGCAUCACACAAACCCAUACACACACGCACUGAUGUCAGUUUUUAACCCUCAACAGAUUAAUUCAAACAGGUCGUACGCAUCCACGCUCUCAGCUGAUUGGUCGUUGUGGGAUGACCUCACCCAGGCCGGGUGUUCACAUUGGAAGCCUCCGGUGUCCUACACGCCCCGCCCCUCCCUGUCAAUCACCAGACUGACCCCGCCCACUGACAGAAGCCUUUUAAAUGCAUGUCGCUUACUGACACACACACACACACACAUUUGCCAUCUGUUGUUGUUUCAGAACCGAAUUCUUUUUCUUCUUUUAUAAAACAACAGAAGUGAAAUAAAGACGAGUUUGAAAUCCAGCUCCACUUUGUUUCUU